GCGCGUUCUGCGGAGGGACGGAGCGGGUGAUCGCGCGCCUGUCCUCCGUCCCCGCCUCACUCUUGCCCCUCCUUUUCGGUCCCUUCUCGGCCCCUCUCCCCCUCCCUCCCUCUCCCCCCCCACUUUCCUCUUAGCUGCCUCCUCCUGCCGAGCCGGGCUCGCGCACGAUCACACCGUCAGCAUCCUCUCUUGCAAGAGCAUCUUUCCCCCCUUCCCGUGACAGCGAAUCUUCUACUCCGCCAGCGCCUGCCUGCCUUCCCGCAGCUUUUCCUUCUCUUCUCCCCCCUUCCACCCACCGUAGAUGGAGUUGCCUGCCAGCCAGUGCAAAAAAGUCAAGCUGAGCAACAAAGUGCAGAACUGGGGGAUGCAGAGAGCUACCAAUGUCACCUAUCAAGCUCACCAUGUCAGUCGGAAUAAGAGGGGGCAGGUGGUAGGGACCAGAAGUGGUUUUCGGGGCUGCACAGUCUGGUUAACAGGACUGUCUGGAGCUGGGAAAACCACAGUUAGCAUGGCAUUGGAAGAGUAUCUGGUGUGUCAUGGCAUCCCAUGCUAUACCUUGGAUGGUGACAACAUCAGGCAAGGCCUCAAUAAGAACUUGGGUUUCUCCCCGGAAGACAGGGAGGAAAACGUCCGCCGGAUUGCUGAGGUUGCCAAGCUGUUUGCAGAUGCUGGCCUAGUGUGCAUCACUAGCUUUAUUUCUCCUUAUACCCAGGAUCGUAAUAAUGCCCGGCAAAUUCAUGAAGCAUCAAGUCUGCCUUUUUUUGAAGUAUUUGUUGAUGCUCCACUGCAUGUUUGUGAGCAGAGAGAUGUGAAAGGCCUUUACAAAAAGGCUCGUGCCGGAGAAAUUAAAGGUUUUACUGGCAUUGACUCAGAGUAUGAAAAGCCUGAAGCCCCUGAGCUGGUACUGAAAACAGAUUCCUGUGAUGUCAACGACUGCAUUCAGCAAGUUGUGGAACUUCUGCAAGAGAGGGACAUUGUGCCAGUGGAUGCCUCGUAUGAGGUUAAAGAACUGUAUGUUCCUGAAAACAAGCUUAAAUUGGCCAAAACGGAUGCUGAAACUUUGCCAGCCCUGGAAAUAAAUAAGGUGGACAUGCAGUGGGUGCAAGUUCUGGCAGAGGGCUGGGCAACGCCACUUAAUGGCUUUAUGAGAGAGAGAGAAUAUUUGCAGUGCCUUCAUUUUGACUGUCUGCUUGAUGGGGGAGUUAUUAAUCUCUCAGUGCCUAUAGUGUUGACAGCUACAAAAGAAGACAAAGAGAGACUAGAUGGCUGCACAGCUUUUGCUCUCAUGUAUGAAGGUCGGCGUGUGGCUAUUCUCCGAAAUCCAGAAUUUUACGAGCAUCGCAAAGAAGAGCGUUGUGCCAGACAGUGGGGGACAACGUGCAAGGAACAUCCCUACAUCAAGAUGGUCAUGGAACAAGGCGACUGGCUUGUGGGUGGUGAUCUGCAAGUGCUUGAUCGAAUUUACUGGAACGACGGCCUUGAUCAGUACCGCCUCGCUGAACUCAAGCAGAAGUUCAAAGACAUGAAUGCUGAUGCUGUCUUCGCCUUCCAGUUGCGCAACCCUGUGCACAAUGGGCAUGCCCUGCUAAUGCAGGAUACUCAUAAGCAGCUGCUGGGACGGGGCUACAGGAGGCCAGUUCUGCUCUUGCAUCCACUGGGUGGUUGGACAAAGGACGAUGAUGUUCCUCUGAUGUGGCGGAUGAAGCAACAUGCGGCUGUGUUGGAGGAAGGAAUAUUGAAUCCAGAAACCACUGUGGUGGCCAUAUUUCCCUCUCCUAUGAUGUAUGCUGGGCCAACCGAGGUUCAGUGGCAUUGUAGGUCACGAAUGGUAGCUGGAGCAAACUUCUACAUUGUGGGCCGAGAUCCUGCCGGCAUGCCGCAUCCCGAGACUGGAAAAGAUCUCUAUGAUCCAACCCAUGGUGCCAAAGUGCUGACUAUGGCGCCAGGCCUGAUAACGUUGGAAAUUGUACCCUUUAGAGUGGCAGCUUAUAACAAGAAAAAGAAAUGCAUGGAUUACUAUGACUCGGAACACCAUGAAGAUUUUGAAUUUAUUUCGGGAACCCGCAUGCGCAAACUGGCUAGAGAAGGGCAAAAUCCUCCAGAAGGUUUCAUGGCUCCUAAAGCAUGGACUGUACUGACAGAGUAUUACAAAUCCUUGGAAAAAGCUUUGGCUGCUUAUUAAUUGCAGAUCAACCUUUGACAGUUGAUUUAUUAGCAAGGGGGACCACACAGACACCGUUUGCACUGCUUUGUAGUGUCGGUCAGGAAGCUCUUUCCUAGAAACAAAUCUUUUCUCUUUAACCUCAUUUUUUGCUUGUCUUAUGGAUUCUAUUACAUAUUGGCACCUAAUAAAUUGCUGGUUUUAAUAUCUUCUCUUUUUAUUACAGUUAAUACUCUUGCAGUAAGAUUUUAAAAUCCUGUCUUCUUUAUAUUUUUAGACCCCUCCCUGC